AUGAAAGACCAUUCAUUUUCCAAUUUCCAUCAUGAAGUUCGCACUCCUUCUCUGUUCCCCGUGACCGUCGCCGCCUUGGCUCAAGACCAAGUUGUCCCAGCCAAAGUCGCUUGGGGCGAUGAGGCCCCUGACGAUGGUUUCGAAAUCGUCGGGGGUCAGGAAGCCCAAUUCGGCAAGCACCGUUAUGUGGCUGGGCUGAAGGAGUCGCCCAAUGUGUUCCACAAUUGCUGCACUGUCGCGGUGAUCAUGGGUAGUGCCUUCAACUUCGCAUUCUCCUUUGUCGACUUGUUCUUGGCCAUUCCUUUGGCCGACACUUUGGUGUGUUCCAUAGUCACUCCAUCGGGGGACGACCUGGAGGAAGGUGGUGACGCUCUUACGGAGCAAUCCCAUUGUUCCACCCUCCGUAUCAAGGCAAGCAUGGUCCAAAUGCCCGAAGCCAAGGACGCAGUGGAAGCGGCACUCCAAGACCUGAUCAACGAGGCGAUCAAUAACUUCAAUUUGUCCGACCCCCCAGCAGUGAAGCCAUUGAAGGUGACCCCCAAGGAUGGGUGUGUUCCGUACCGAUGUAAAGGUCAGAAGCACAACCUCCUUGAGGAGAGCUUCCUCUAUUUGUUUGCUAAAGAACUCUACGACGCGGGUGUCAUCAAGCGCAACCAGCAAAGCCCAUGGUGCAGUCCGGUGAACCCCCCAUUGAAGAUAGCAGACCAAUGGACAGACGACGACGUGUUGAAGAACUACCGUCUGACGAACGACUACCGGGUGGUCAACUCCAUGACCAAACCCAAGGCCGGUACCAUGCCGUUCCAGGCUACCAUCUUCCAGAACCUUCGGGAGAUGAAAGCGAUGGGUGUGUUUGACCUGCCCAAGUACUUCUGGUAG